AUGUUGGUCCGCAAGUACUCGACCGGGGUCGCCAUCACCAACCCUCUCGUGCUCUACCGUGCGUUGCUGGCCACGAACCGCAUCCGCCCCGAUCCUGCCCAGCAUCGCCUCGCGCUCCAUCUGCAGAAGCUCUACGAGCGCCUGAAGGACUAUGAGCCCACCACCGAGUACAGCCACCGCUUGCACCAGCUCAGCCGUGUCGUCGGCACCAAUGGCCGCGCCAAGACCUCGGCCGAGGAGAACCGCCAUGUCCACCCACGCGGCUUCUGGUCCUCGCUGCUCGCGCAGAAGGAGAAGCGCGACAGCGUGGCCCUGACGCGUGUGCUGACCAGCCACGAGCAGGCCAUGCAGCUCGACUCGCCGAAAGGCCUGAUGCUUCACGGCGAGGUCGGCACGGGCAAGAGCAUGCUGAUCGACCUCUUCGCCGACUGCCUGCCCAAUCGCAAGAAGCGCCGCUGGCACUUCAACACCUUCAUGCUCGACACCCUGGCCAAACUUGAGACGCUGCGCCGUACAAGAAGCUCCACCUUCUUCGGCAAUUCCGUCUUUGACGACGAGCAUUCACUGCUGGUCCUCGCACGUGAUAUGAUUGAGACAUCGCCCAUUCUCUUCCUUGACGAAUUUCAACUCCCGGACCGUGCGGCGUCGAAGAUCAUGUCGAACCUCUUGACAAGCUUCUUCCAUCUGGGUGGCGUGUUGAUUGCAACGAGCAAUCGGAUGCCCGAGGAAUUGGCGAAAGCCGCUGGUAUGGAGUUCACCCCACCGCCAACACGGAUGGACUCCUUGAGGUGGAGAUUCGGUGUGAGAGCCCGGAGCGAUCACAGGUUUGCUGGACGUGGUGACUUUGCUCCUUUUCUCGAAGUGCUCAAGACCAGAUGUGAGGUAUGGGAGAUGGAGGGCGGCAAGGACUACAGGAGAAGCGAGUCUGAGGCCGCAGUCCACGAAGCCGAGAGAGGUUUGGAAACCGCCGUUGACGCGGCCAUGGCAGGCGACGGUACCUCGGCUGCGAAACUACCAUCCGACUCGCAGACCAAGGACUCGGUCCCGAAGAUGGCGUCGAUGCCAAAGAACUACUUUGUCAAGCCUUCCAUUGAGGAAUCAACAUCGGAGCACAAAGAAUGGCUCCUGAAGCUCAAGGCAGCGGAAUCAACAGCAUCAGGUGUCACUUCUCCCGAAAUACCUUGGUCUCCCAGCACGAUCCGUGUCUACGGCCGUCAAGUGACCGUCCCCCGCCAGUACAACGGCGUAACGUCCUGGACCUUCUCCGAACUCUGCGCCAGAGAGCUCGGUCCCGCCGACUACAUUACGCUGGCCUCGACGUUCCACACGCUCAUCCUCACCGACGUCCCCGUCCUCACCCUCCUCCAAAAGAACGAAGCGCGGCGCUUCAUCACCCUCCUCGACGCCCUCUACGAAGCCCGCUGCAAGCUCCUCAUCACCGCCGCCCGCGGGCCCGACGACAUCUUUUUCCCGGAAUCCCGACCAGCAGCCGUAGCAGCACGGGCGGCCUCCACCCCUUCGUCGUCGUCGUCAUCAUCAUCACCCUCCCCACCACAACACCAACAGCAACAAGACAGCGACAACGACAACGACAGCGACGCCGUCUACUCCGAAACCUUCUCCGACAUCUACCAAGACGCCACCGCCCCCUUCCGCCCCAACAUCUCCUCCUACAACGUCGACGACGACCCCCCUUCCCGCGAGGAAUCCACGCCCACGAUGCUCGCCCCCGACGCCCUCGAAGACGACCCGCCCAACCGCGUCCGCCGCGGCACAUACACCGGCUCCUUCGGCCUAGACCGCGACUACUCAUACCACUCGCCCUCGUCCUCCUCCUCCACCACCACCACCACCACCACCAACAACAACAACGGCAGCAGCAGCAGCAGCAGCAGCAGCAGUGCCACGACUCUCCCACCACGCGCCGCCCCAAACUUCGGCCACGCGACCGCCUUCACCGGCGAAGACGAGCGCUUCGCCUACAAGCGCGCGCGCUCGCGCCUGUGGGAAAUGUGCGGCGCGCGCUGGUGGGCCCGCGGUCACAGCGACGAUGGCAACAAUAACAAUCGCGAUAGCAAUGUGGACAGCAACAACGCCUCGUGGUGGACCCCCGUCGCGCGCGAGGUGCGGGCGAGGUGGGAAGUCCCCGUCGCGGAGCGCGCGGCGUUGGAACAACAACGGCAACAGCAACAACAACAAAAACAACGGGAGGUAGUGAAAGCGGAUGGCAGCGGCGUCGAUGUGGCGGAAGGCAUGGGCGCGGCGAGCGACGUGGACGAAGUGAGGGACGGUGGGCCGGCUACUGCUAGUCCGUUUAGGACGUUUCCGGGGCCGCCGCCGAAGAUUGGGUGGACGCAUGUGUGGGGGACGAUGACGUGGGGGCGGAGGGCGGGGGCGUGGGGGAAGGGGGUGGAGGGGUUGGAGGAGAGGAGGAAGGAGAGGGAGAGGGAGAGGGAGGAGGAGGAAAUGGAAAAGGAAAAGGCAAAGGAAAAGGAGGAGGGUCAAAAGUAG